AAUAAUCAGCCACCUUCCAUUAGUCGUGCGUCUUUAGUAUCAGAGUCAUGGCGUGGGAUGCGCGGGCGCAGGUGCUGUGCGUAAUCUUCAUAGCAGGUGCUGUAGCAGAUUCUUUCCAUAACAUCACAUUACACGUUGGUGAUACACUACCAGCGUCUGUAAUCACAGGCCUCAAUACUAACGUCCCUUGCUACUUAGAUACCCCUCAGGGAGAUGUCAUAGGAUUCCGGCCAGAAAACAAUGCCACAGACAGAUUUAUAUAUAUAGAAUCACUCAUCAGUUACUGUGGUGCCAACAUUACUAAUUUAACUGAGAAAGAUGAAGGAAAAUGGUCAAUAUACUACAUUAAUAGUGAUAAUAAACGUAAUGCCACCACUUAUAACCUGACUGUAACUGAAGCCGAAGAAAAUGAUCUCGAAAAUUCAGAACCGGAGUCUGAAUCAGUUGAAGAAGAAUCAGAAGAAAAGGAAGACAUUACUGAAUGGCUAUCAGAUAUCAAUCUUAGUACAAGAAUUGGCUUGAGCGUCGACAUAUCUUUGAGUAAAAGAGAACUUGAUAAAGAAGAGACAUUCACUCUCACUACUCCUCAAGAUGAUGUUGAACAAUUAGAACACGCUAAUAUACCAGGAGUGACGGUACAUGGUAGUAGUGACUUCGUUGCUAGCAGGGUUACUAUUGGUCCCAUGGAUGCUACCCUCAUUGGUCGCUGGACGCUGUGUGGAGAAAUUGACGAAGGCAGAACUGCGAGGCGAUGCCAAACUGUCGUUAUAAGUUGGAAUAACCAAAAUAACCCUUCAGCGACAUGGCCAGUCACACUUGUGAACAAGCGAAACGCUGUGACCAAUUAUUUGGCAAUAGUAGAGACCGGCGUAGGAGCAAUUGCCAAUCUAAGGACCUGCCAUCUCGUAACACCGAACGGAGAAGAUCUGAUCCUCACCACUGAUGCAGGAUAUCCUGGAAUUACGCUAGUGGCUACUCACGAUACUUAUGCCUGUAGGGUGAAUUUGGGUCCUAUUCAAAAAGAAUAUCUUGGUGAUUGGAUUUUGUAUGCAUCAUUCUGGUCUACACUAGGUGGAUUUUUGGAAGUUCGUUUGCCAUUGCACUUAUUCCUCUAUGACGAAGAUGAUCCAUAUCGUCAAGCUUACAAUGUUACUACUUUGGCACCUUUGAAUCGGGUGGUUAAUUUAGGCACUAGUACUACCGUGGAAAUCGCCGGUACUGGAAACACUGACAGUUGUGAAGUAAAAAGUCCUUCUGGACAAAUAUUUGAUCUACAAAAAUCUACGGAGACUGUGACGUUUUUAGAGACUAGCACAAGAGUACGUUGUGCAGUAUCUUUUGGACCAAUUGGACAAGAAACCUUGGGCGAAUGGGAAAUCAUUGCAAAAUUCAAUGACAGGAAUAUAUUUACUGAGAACAGACAAAUAAUCAACAUUAUACAAGAAGAUCCUGAAAACCCAAUAAUGGAAGACCACAGGACUGUACUAGAUAGGGAUAUGAUAUUCUUUAAUACGUCUAUGGGUGCAGAACACAGCGUUAUAGUCGAUGCAAAUGCUCUCUGGAUAUACUCAACAGAAAGUUGCCACUUAAGGACACCUAAAGGGCUUCAGUAUACCCUUAUGGAUGGCUUUAAUAUCCCAGGAAUAGAAAUCGUUGUGAAUGAUAAUAACAGAUGUAAUAUCAAAUUCAAUGUUGAAUCUGAAGAUCUUAUUGGAGAAUGGACGCUUAUCUCUAGAGAACAAAGAUCUUCUGAUGCAGUAGAAGUGAGACAACCGUUUACAAUCUAUGUACAAGAGGAGGUUGAGGCAUCAGCCAGGCAAGUGACAGUAACUGAGGGCAAUAGCCUUCACUUACGCUUAGCAAAUCCCACAAACCUUCAUGAGACGUGUAAACUCUACGACCCUAGUGGCACUGAAAGAACUGAUGGAGAAGUAGAUGCAAGUCAUAUUGAUACUUGUGGAUUUAUUGUUAAAGACAUUCAAAACGAUGAAAGUGGUAUUUGGCAGAUAAGAUUUGGUACUAGCAUCGCUUACAGAGCUAGUGUUGAGGUAACAGUAAAAGACAUUUGGGAAUCAAGUUACGACACCCUAGUUCUCACUCGAGGAAGAUCUGUUAAUGAAACCCUUGGCCCUGAGACAGUAAUGUACUGCAAACUGACGGAUCCUACUGAACGAGUGGUCUACGAAGGUCAUGGUAGAUGCAAUCUAGCAUUAGACAGAGUAAACAAUGAACAUGCUGGCACUUGGGUCAUGAAUGUCGGUCUUGUAGGAAAUUUGUUGACAAGAGAAUAUAAAAUCACAGCUCAAGUUAAGGGAUCAGAAGACAAACCAGUAGUAACAACAUUCGUAGCUAAAGAGCAGCCAGAGGUGACCCUGAAAUGUUCCGUGCCCGUCGAAUACGAGGUCAAGUCCUGUCUGUUCCAAGAGCCCUCUGGACGUGUGAUCAUCGUUAAUGACGGAGUGGCUGAAGACCGGUACAUCUCCCAUGGAUCUGGCACUACUCUGGAUGGCGACGUGGCGACACACGAAUGCGGCGUCCGCAUCACCAACCCCGUGGCAUCAGACCUGGGCCUGUGGCGUUGUGCUGUCGAGACUGAUCAUGAGAUCUACUACGGAUUCCUCAGCGUGCUCUGCCCGUGGGCAAUGCAGGACCCCGCCGUUGCUGCAGCCGUGGUCGCAGAACCUACAUUGACGGCGUACAAGGAGAGCAUCACCCAUCUGGUGGGAGAAAGCUUGACCAUGUCCUGCACGAUACAAUCCCCGAUUCAGUACUGUUAUUUCAGAAGACCUAAUGGAAUGACCUACAGUGUUUCUCCAGGCGUAUCAUCAAGUGAGUUUGAGUACGUCGGCGCCGGGUUGGACGCUGGAGAGUGCGGCAUCAGGUUUAGCAAUCUCGAAGCGCAGGAGUCGGGUCAUUGGCCGGAGGGUCGCUGGAGCUGUCACGUGGGCGUCGCCAACGACACCCAGCCGGAACAACGAGCUGAUAUGCAAGUCCAGAUCAUAAGUCCGUUUAAAGUGAACCAGACUCGGUCUGCGUCUGGAGAUCUCAAGAUCGAAGGAGAUUUCUACCAGAAUCAACCUCUGGAGUACUGCCGAUAUGUUCGCAUCGAUGGAGUAGGAUUUAAGUCGACGAUGUUGCCUGACGCCCGCUACUUCGCUGAUGAGACCCUGAGCAUUGGCCACUGCGGCGUCCGCAUCGAGAACCCGACCACCUUGGACCUGCACCCCUGGACGAUAGCUGCCAAGGUCGUCGGCAAGGACGAAGAGGUCCUUGGCGUCACCAGUCACGCCAUGGACACACCUGAGGAAGUGCCAGUGACAACGGAGGAGAUACCAGAAGUGACAUCGGAGGAAAUACCAGAGGAAAAACCGGUGGAGAAACCGGAUUAUCAAACAAGAAACUACACGUUGUGGUGGUGUACGUCACUUUUCCUAAGUAUUCUCAUCAUCUGCCUCGGAGUUCUCAUGAUCCCUAACAAGAACCGCAGAAAUACCAUCGCCAGAGCAACUCUGUGGAGGGACAGCAUCAGAAGAAGUCUUACCAAGAAACCCUUACCUGAUGAUGAUCAAAGCCGAACAACUCCUAUGAGCGCUUAGAUGUUAUAUAGCAAAUAUCCCUUCCCUAAAAGAAUACCUUCCGGACCAUCACGUUAAAAUCUAUGUAUGUAAAUACGAUGUAGACAGAAAAAGCUAUAGACCCCGCCUUAUCUUUUAUUUCAUCCAUACAACAAAAAUAAUGUAUCUUUUAGUAAUACACAAGAAGACCUUUCUUCUCGUAAUAAGCAUUGUUUUCCGUUGUCCCGUUGUACAGAGCGCUUAUAUAUUUUGUCCCUCAUUAAAAUAAUAGAUCAUGGUUCUAAAUGGUCCGACAAUAUUUUCAUUUACGUUUUAAGUAUGUUACUCGUAUGAUUAGGAUUUUUUUUACUUAAGUACAGUCAACAGCACAUCAACCUACCCAAAUUCUUGGCAAACUCGCCGCUAUUACUGCGUCAUAUAGGUUCAUGCAACUCGAUGUGUUGUUGUUUGUGUGCGUUAUUGACUGUACGUACAUAAUAUAAUAUUAUAAUAAAGGCUUUUGUUACUUUG